UACCAAUAAUCACACAGUCUUUUGCCUUACUUACAAAUAUCUAUUGCCCUGCAUGCUUCCCCCAAAUACUAUCCGUUCUUCAGUUAAUGAAACAAGCGGCUCUUAAUAACCACCAAUUAUCAACAUGAGCUCGACAGAUGUCAUUAUCGUUGGAGCUGGACCAACUGGAUUGGCGUUGGCAAUUUGGCUCACCAAACAACAUGUGAAGGUACGCAUAAUCGACAAAGCCUCACAGGGAGCCAUCUCAACCCGUGCACUCGCCGUGCAGUCCAGAAUUCUCGAGCUUUACAGUCAGAUCGGUUUGGGCCACACAGUGGUCGAUCGCGGUCUACCGAUGACAAGAAUCAAUGGUUGGAUCAAAGGACGACAUUCGUUCCAUGUACCUGUUGCCAACGCUGCCGUGGGAAUGACAGAAUUUCCGUUUGUCACCAUUAUGCCGCAGCAUGAACACGAGGCCUUACUGCGGGACACGCUCAGUGACCUAGGUGUUGAGGUUGAGAUGGACACAGAACUAGUCACAUUCGAGGAUAACGUUGAUGCCGCAACAGUCACGGCUACCAUUAAGCGGAAUGGAGUUUCAGAAAUCGUCACCUCAAAAUUCAUUGCUGGUUGUGACGGAUCACACUCGAUAGUAAGAAAGGACCUAGGCAUUGAUUUUCCCGGCGGCGUCUACGAUCAAAUGUUUUAUGUUGCAGACAUCGAAGGAUAUGGGCCAGCUAUCAACGGCGAACUCAACGUAUGCCUUGAUAACUCCGACUUUCUUGCUGUCUUCCCUCUGGCUGGCACAGGUCGCGCUCGCAUCAUCGGUACGAUCCGCCAGAGCAGCAUGACAACGGAGGCACGAUCGAGAAAAUUGACAUUUGAUGAUGUCGGCCAUAAAGCGAUCGACCAGAUGAAGCUACAGAUUUCAAAAGUCAACUGGUUCUCACCCCACAAUGUUCACCAUCGUGUGGCGAAUCACUUUCGCAAAGGCCGUGCGUUCUUGGUUGGCGACGCCGCCCAUGUACAUUCACCAGCAGGCGGCCAAGGCAUGAACACGGGCAUCGGCGACGCCAUCAAUCUGGCAUGGAAGCUGGCAGCAGUGAUUCAAGGAAAGGCCCAAGACGGCCUACUAGAUACGUACGAAGAAGAGCGGCGAGCGUUUGCCCUCCGGCUUGUGGCAACCACAGACCGCAUCUUCAGUGGCGCGACUGCUGAAGGCUGGUUUAGAGAAUUCAUUCGAACCAGGAUCCUGCCGUGGAUUUUGCCCAUUCUGUUCAGCUUCCAAUGCGUACAAAGAUUUCAGUUUCGUACUGUGUCCCAAAUCUCGCUCAACUAUCGCGGCAUGUCACUCUCACGAGGGAGGGUGGACAAGGUACAAGCCGGUGAGCGCUUGCCAUGGGUCCUAGUCGAUGGGCAGAGUAACUACGAGCCCCUCAAGAAGAUACAGUGGCAGGUUCAUGUCUACGGCGAGCCAAAUUCUGACCUCCGAGCAUGGUGUGCAGACCAAGAUCUACCACUUGUCGUUUUCCAAUGGCGGUCGGAAUACAGGUCAGCAGGGUUGACGCGAGAUGCUGCAUAUCUGUUACGCCCCGAUACGUAUGUAGCAUUUGCUGGGGAAUCAACUCCCGAACAUCUUCGCAAAUACUUUGAUGAGCAGCUGAUACGGCCUUAGUGGUGAUAGUGGACCCGAUGAUGUCCAUCAGGGGCUGGGGUUCGCAGCACAAUGAGGUCAUCACAAGCAUGCUUAUUAUGGACAGAUUUUCAAGGAAGCAUAUUUUAUUU